AUGCAUCCAACAGCUUGGCCCUGGGAUGCACUGAACUGGCUGUACCGUACAGACAAGCUUUUCUCAUGGGCAUCCAACGACACGGACCGUGUUCAUGAAGAAUGCGAUGCAUACUGGAGAAAACUUGCCAAGGAAAGCAUGGAUGUCAAGGGCCCCGAUGCUCGAAUGACGUUUCCCCUUAACUGGCACGCCGACGGUGUACGGGUGUACAAACAGCAGAAGUGUUGGGUAUAUUCGUAUUCAUGUGCCCUGAAGAAGGGACCUUCAUUGUCCUCGAAGCUCAUGUUGCUCCUUGUGCGUGAACCCCUCUUGCGGAAACCGGACACCCACGACGCGAUUGGGAAGGUGAUUGGAUGGAUUCAACGUGUGCUUCAAACCGGGUUGUUUCCGCCAACAGAUUUCAUGGGUUCAGCAUGGCCGCCUGAUUCUUUGGAAGCUGCAAGAGCAAACCUUCCGUUUGCUGGAGGCUACAAAUGUGCUUUCAGUGCCUUCAAAGGCGAUUGGGAAGCUCGGGCGGUCAUACACAAGCUGCAGCGCAGCUACAACCACAACAAUAUUUGCGAACACUGUCCAGCUAGCAAGUUGGACAAUGGAUUCAAUUACCGAGACUUUUCAUUGAACGCUCCUUACUUGGACGGCCAGCCCUGGACUCCGGCAUAUUGGCAGCUGCGACAUGCGGCCCUGCUGGAUCUGCAGCGUCAAUGUGGCGCGCCCGUCCUGUUCAAGACGCCCUACGAAUGGGCCGCUCCCUACCAUCGCUGGCUCCUGCACGCCAUGGAGACAGAGAGGAAGGGCCGCCUGCACCUUGCCGGACCGGAGACGCUCCAUCUGUGCCACAUCAUGACGGAGAUGUUCCGGGUGUGGGUUCACGGCGGCGCCGUCAAGCACGGGGCCGCGUCGUCCUGCUGGAGCCAGCCGUCCCUGGGUCCGCGCGCGGCGUCCGAUGCUUAUCCGGUCCUCAACUUCGCCGGCCGCAUCGAGUUUGAGGAUGGCAAGCGGAAGCUGGCGACGCAGGAAGCCGACCAUCCCCUGCGCGGCUACGCGCUGGACGGGCAGGCCGGACGCACCGGCAGUGGCUGGCCCCUGCACGAGGGGGAGUCUUGCUUCACGCCGGAGGGCUACCUGCGACUGCGCCACACGGAGACGGACUCCGACAUGGGCAUCCGCGCCUACGAUGUCGAGGAGAUGGACGUCAUGAAGUUCCACCAAGACCACGUGGUCCCGAACGAGCACCUGGACGGCCGCUCGACGGGCUACGGCAUGGCCAUUCGCACCCUCUCCACCUACCAACCUGGCGAACCCGAGAUGUGGCUCGCGCUCGCCGCGCAGCUCCUGCCGCAAUUCUUCCUGGGCGGCACGAUGCGACCGGCGCAAGCGCCGUGGCCCGGCAUGCCCGACAAACCGCAGUUCGUGGAGCAGUACGAGACCUGCGCCUGGCGCAGCGAGCACAUGAGCCUGCUCGAGUGGCUGCAGAAGACCAACGAUAAGGGCGAGAUCGUUAGCUGGGUGAAGAAAGCCCACGCGCGACAUGGGGCCGGGAUGUCGUUGACGGAGUUCGCCUGUAGCUGCGAGACCAAGGGGGAGAAAGUGAUCGCGGCGGAGACCGUGCGGAUCUUCAACGACAAGUACUUCGGGCAGUGGCUGGCGCUGAACCUGCCCUUCCGCGACCUCGGCGACCUGUUGGACGUCCAGAUUCUUGGACGCGUGCCCGAGCAUUACGUGCUGCACGCCUGCGCCUUGAAGCGCGCAGGCGGCCGGUGGGCCGACGACGCCAAAGUCAAGGCUACCCUCCAGUUGGCGGGGCACCGCGACGGGUACAUCGACAAUGCUCUGGCGAUGCUGCACGGUCAGAGGAGCCUCAUUCAGAAGUACAUGGACGGCAGCCUCCGGAAGGACGACCCUCUGCCUGCGCCCUCGACGACCUCCGCGCUCGCCGGCUUGGACACGGAGGAGACGGAGAUCGACGUCGACCAGACCAUCCUCGCGCGGGCCAUCAACGACCGCAUCGACCGAGCCCUGCUCCCGCGGCUCAUGCAGGAAGCGGCGGAGGCCAACAGCAUCCUGGUUUGCACGGGCCCUCCCGGCUGCGGCAAGACGGCGGUCGCCGCCGUCUGCCUGCAGCGAGCCGAGCGCCGCGGGGCGCGAAUCCUCUAUGCGCUGCCUACCGGGCAGCUUGCGGCUCGGACGCGGCAGCGGCACCCCGACAUCGAUGUGGACACCUGCCACAGCGCCUUCUUGCUCCACCAACCCUUGCAGGAGUCCCUGGCGCUCCUGACGAUAUACGACCUCGUCAUCGUGGACGAAGCCCUUCAGCUGAGCGCCGAGCAUUUCGAGCGAUUGCAUGAAAUGUGGAGGGCGGCCAGCUGCUGCGCCUGCCUACUCCUGCUGGGAGAUCCAUGGCGGCUGCCCAGCGUCAGUGGCUCCUCGGCCGACGCAAGCCCGAAGUGGUCCCUCUGUCACCACGUGCGCCUGCACCGCAUCCACCGCUGCCGCGACGAGGUGUUGGGUCGCAAGCUGGCGACGUUGCGCAUGAACAAGCCCAUGGGGGCCGAAGGCUUGCGCUUCGUGACCCAGGACAUCUGCCGGGGGCACAAGGCCUGGUCGGGUCGCCGCGAGCCCACCGCGUUGGACGUGCAAGACGUUCUGGCCCGAACGGGCAACGCCACCACCUUCGUCACGUGCACCAAGCGGGGAGCGGCCGUGAUCAACCAGCACGCCACGCAGGUGCUCUUCCACAACCGCAACAAGCGCCUGCUCGCGGAGAUCCCUGGCGACUAUGAGGACAACGAGGCGAACUACGACGAGGCCGGCCGCCUCCGAGAGGAUCGCCCUCCGCAGCCCUCCGCCGUGCCUUUGUAUCAGGGGCUUCGGGUCGUGCUGACGAGGAACUUGGAUAAGGAGCACCACUACGUCAACGGCAUGACGGCUACCGUCCAGGACUUUGAUGCCGCCUCGAACAGCGUCGUCGUGCGCACCGAGACGGGGUACGUCCUCUCCAUCUACAGGUACACCGAUGAGAACGCGCCGACCGGACGCGUUCUCUACUUUCCACUGCGGCUUGGAUACGCCGGCGCCAUCUACAAAUAUCAGGGAGCCGAGCUGCCGCACGUGACGGUCUGGCUGGACCGCCCCAUGCGCCCGGCGGCCGGGUACGUCGCCCUCUCCCGCGUCAAGUACGACAGGGACUAUCUCAUCGGCGGCGUGGUGACCGUGGACGACUUCGUCCCCGCUCGUUGA